AUGUGGUUUGCAUUACGACAGUAUUAUUUCUUAAUUAUAAAUGGUGAUACUACCGGUUUCGUUUCUUGUAAAGUAAGUGGAAUGUUAAUUCUUCGCGUCACUUUUGACAUUAAAGUGAAGCAAUGCACGUUCAUGGAAAAUAGUGGUAAACCGAGCCUAUCCGUAAUUGGCCGAGAAUUACCGAAUAGUCUGUCCUGCCGGACUGCUGGAAGCGGCCGCAUCGCCAUGUUGAUGAAGUCUCCCCACUCCGUUAGGAAAAUUAUUAUAGAAUUAUCUUUUGCUGAGAGCAAAUGUUAAAUAACUGAAGGAGGCAAGAUACCGGCAAUAUUCAUUUGAAGAUCUGAACCGAACCGGAUCCGCGGAGGUCCCGGACGGGCAAGGGAGGCAAACCUCCCACCAUGAAUAGCACCACAGAUCCGAACGGCGACUUUCCAUGAAAAAGGCAUUUCUGCUGCUAUACGAGCUAGCGAGCUAUCCCAGUUCGGCAAAGGGGGUUGCGGCCUGCUUCAACAUUUCCAAACGCUUGCUAUAUGUAUGCAAGCUAGACUUUGUUUGCAUCAGUAUUUAUUAGUGUAUUAUUUUCUAUUGUUUAUUUUUUUGCAAUGAGUUUGCCGCCGAAAGUAGUCCCAAAAUCCGCCACUGUCGCAGUAAGUGGAACUGGAACCGGCCCGUCUCCGUCGAGCCAACUGCGGGGUACCCUAACCUCCGUGUCUUUACCGCCGGGAGCCCCGACAGCUCCUCAGCCGACCGCUGUGCCGCCUCCUCAAAUUUUCCUUAACAUGACGCGCCCCAGGCUCUCGCGCGUGCAGCCCUCCCUGGACGACAGGAUCUUCCCCACACAGCCUGGCGUCGCUGCCGUCUACAGCGUACAAAGGCACGCCGGGCCUCCCUACGCCACUCACGACAUCACCAAGGGACACCCCAACUUGGCGGGCACGCCCCCUGGCCACGCCCACUCGCCAGCGCUCUCUCAGGUAUCCGUCCCCACAGCUCCCCAGUAUCGCUACCCUAAGGGCUGGGAGACAGGCGGAGGGUCCCCAUACACCACUGGACAGAAUGCUGGCUCCGCCCCUCUAGUGUACUCUCCCCAGCCGCAGCCAAUGAAUGCACAGCCACAGAGUCGCCCGUUUGCCACGGGCCCUCGACCAACACACCAUCAGGGAGGAUUCAGACCCAUCCAGUUUUUCCAGAGGACCCAGAUGCAGCCGGCACGGCCCCCCAUCCCCACCAACACACAGUCCCUGCGGCCGGGCUCCCAGACCCCGACUGCUGCCGUCUACUCCCCCAGCCAGCCCAUCAUGAUGACCAUGGCCCCCAUGCCCUUCCCCUCCCCACAGGCCGCCCAGUACUACAUCCCACAGUACCGCCACAGUGCUCCCUACGUGGGCCCCCCCCAACAGUACUCGGUCCAGCCCCCGGGAUCUGGAACCUUCUACCCCAGCCCUGGUCCUGGGGAGUACCCCACACCCUACCCUGCCCCCCCAUACUACCCAGGGCAGUCGGUAUACCCUCCCUCGCCCCCCAUCAUAGUGCCUACACCACAGCAACCUCCACCAGCCAAGAGGGAGAAGAAAGCAUUGUCCUCCCAGAUCCGUAUCCGAGACCCCAACCAGGGCGGCAGGGACAUCACGGAGGAGAUCAUGUCCGGGGGGUCAGGGAGCAGGAAUCCAACGCCCCCUGUCGGUCGGCCCUCCUCCACCCCCACCCCACCACAGCAUGCUGGCAGCGGGAGCAACAGCAGCAGGCAGACUCCGGAACAGGGCCAGGGGCUGGCUCACCCGGCGGCCUACAGCCUGGAGCCCCCGCCUCAGACUCAGCCCCAGCCUCAGACCCAGCCUCUACAGCCGCAGCCCCACCAGCAGCAGCUCACCCCGGGGGCUGUAGACAUCAUCAAGCAUGGGCCAGAUGAGAAGCCCCGAGAGGAGGCCUCCGCCCUGACGUCUUCCUCUGCCGUGCCAGAACCCUCACCAGAGAGACGGGAGCCUCCCGUCCCAGACCUCCCUCCCCCCGCAGAGCCCGUGCUUCCCCGCCCCGCCCCUCCGACGGGGGUCCCCGGCCCCUCCCCCCUCCCCUCCACCAGCCCCAGCCCCAGUGAGCUGCCCCCGCCUGUCGAGCCCGUGGCAUCCCCUUCCCCCUCCGUGGUGGAGCCCAAGCUCCAGGCCCCCGCCCAGGCCCAGCCGAUCAGCACAGACAAGCCUCUCCCGGAGGCCCAGCGCACCCUGGCUGCUUCCCCAGCUCCAGCCCCGAGCCUGGCCCCCAAGGCCUUGAAUGGCCUGGUAGACAAUGGCGCCGAGCUGGACACCCCUGCCCGGGAGUCCUCGCCCCAGGCCCCAUCCCUACUCCAGCCCCAGGCCUCAUCUCAGGCCUCCAGAGAGAACGCCACCGAGAGCAGGCCCAGGCCUGCCGAGGUUAGGGCCGAGAUGGCCCCCGUUGCCACGCCUCCUGUCAUGCCAGUGGCGGUCGUACCGGUCGCUCCCACCUCCAGCCCCGCCCCUGUGGUCCCAGCUCCUCCCCCAGGCCUCCCCCCCCUCGUGCAGGCUCCAGUGGAGGCCUGCCAGCCCUCUGACACUAAAGACCCCCCCCAGAAAGCUGGGCCGGGGACAGACACCCCAGCCGAGAGGAGAGCAGAGCCCCAGAUACAAGGCCUCACUAGGAAGAGUCCCACAUCAGGAUCCCAGAUACCUCCUGCUGCACCAAAGACCUGGACAAAGCCAAAUGAAGGGAGCUCUGAAGGAGAGACGCCCCAGAUGGAGAGAGAGGAGGAGGCCACGCCGGUGGAGCAGGCGGCUGGAGACCAGGCUCUGCAGCCAGCCCCUCAGAGCAGCAGCCCUCCGCCCCCAGCGGCCCCGGCGCCAGCCUCAUCCCCAACCCCAGUCUCGGAGGCGGCCCCGGCUCUGGCCCUGGAGGCGGAAGAAGAGCUGGCGUGCGACCCCGAGGAGAACGGCGAGGAACUGGAGCCUCUGAGGAACGGAGCGGGACACCCCUGGGAGACGGAGAGCAGCGACAGCGGGGCGACCCCGGGGGACAAGGAGGGGCCCUUGGGGGGGAGCCCAGAACUCUUCCAGGAGGAUCUGGAAGCUAACGGGAAGCGCCAGUAUAACCGGGACUUCCUGCUGGGUUUCCAGUUCAAGCCUGCAUGUGUGCUGAAGCCGGAGGGUCUCCCUCCCAUCAGUGACGUGGUGCUGGACAAGAUCAACCAGAACAAGCUCCCUAGCCGUGCUCCAGACUCCAGGGUGAUCUCCAGAGGCCCCGACUUCACGCCCGCCUUCGCUGACUUUGGCAGACAGAUGACUGGGGGACGCGGCACUGCAUUGAUGAACAUGGGAGGAGCCCGGCGACCCCCGCCCAGGAAGAUCAUCAUGAACGUGUCUGUGAACGACGAGGUCCAGCUGAAGAAGGCCGAGCACGCCUGGAAGCCCGGCAUGAAGAGAGAGGGGCCUUCAGACGAUCCGGAGAUCAUCAAAACACAGGAGCUGUUCAGGAAGGUGCGGAGCAUCCUCAACAAGCUCACCCCCCAGAUGUUCAACCAGCUGAUGAAGCAGGUGACCGACCUGACCAUCGACACAGAGGAGAGGCUGAAGGGCGUCAUCGACCUGGUCUUCGAGAAGGCCAUCGACGAGCCCAGCUUCUCCGUCGCCUAUGGCAACAUGUGCCGCUGUCUGGCCACGCUCAAAGUGACAAUGACAGACAAGCCCAGCACCACGGUGAACUUCCGCAAGCUGCUGCUGAACCGCUGUCAGAAGGAGUUUGAGCGGGACAAGGUGGACGAUGUGGUGUUUGAGAGGAAGCAGAAGGAGCUGGACUCUUCUGCAUCGUCGGAGCGCGAGCGUCUGCAGGAGGAGCUGGAGGAGGCCAAGGACAAGGCCCGCCGGCGCUCCAUAGGGAACAUCAAGUUCAUCGGGGAGCUGUUCAAGCUGAAGAUGCUGACGGAGGCCAUCAUGCACGACUGCGUGGUCAAGCUGCUGAAGAACCACGACCAGGAGUCCCUGGAGUGCCUCUGCAGGCUGCUCACCACCAUCGGCAAGGACCUGGACUUCGAGAAGGCCAAGCCCCGCAUGGAUCAGUAUUUCAAUCAGAUGGAGAAAAUUGUAAAAGAGCGGAAGACAUCUUCUAGGAUACGGUUUAUGCUUCAGGAUAUAAUAGACCUUCGAUUGCACAACUGGGUGUCGAGACGAGCCGACCAGGGUCCCAAGACCAUCGAGCAGAUCCACAAGGAGGCCAAGAUCGAGGAGCAGGAGGAGCAGAGGAAGGUGCACCAGCAGCUGCUCUCCAAGGACAGCAAGAGACGGCCAGAGCCCAGAGAGCAGAGGGUGCAGCAGAGGGAGGAGACCUGGAACACUGUGCCCGUCACCAAGAACAGCAGAACCAUCGACCCCACCAAGAUCCCCAAGAUCUCCAAGCCCCAGGUGGAUGAGAAGAUCCAGCUGGGUCCUAGAGCCCAGCUCAACUGGAUGAAGGGCAGCAGUGGAGGAGCCAAGGCCAGCGACUCAGAGUUGUCCAGGACCGGUGGCAGCAGUCUGAACCGCUACUCUGCCCUCCAGUCCAACCCUGCUGCCCAGACCAGCCCCCCCGCUGGCCAGCCCGGCACGCCCCCUGUCCAGGCCCCAGAGUACGAGGCCAGGAGAGUCCUGGGAAGUCGCGGCAGCGGGGGCAGGGAGCGCAGUGAGAAGCCGGCGAGCUCAGGCCUGGUGCUGCGGCCCGGAGCCCUGCUGAGGAGAGGGAGCUCCAAGGAGCUGCUGGAGGGCGCCGCCCCAGAGGAGCCCCGCAGGGACAGGGAGCGGGAGGCCACCGAGGGCCCCCAGAGACCCAGCGUCAGCGAGGACAAGACGGAGGCUGAGCGCAGCAGAGCCAGGGAGCCUGUGAUAGAAGAGCUGGUGGUGGCCCAGAGCCCAGACAGACCCGCUCUCUCUGAGGAGGACAUGGAGAGGAAGUCCAAGUCCAUCAUCGAUGAGUUCCUUCACAUCAACGAUUACAAGGAAGCCAUCCAAUGUGUGGACGAGCUGGACCUGCCAGACCAGCUCCAUGUGUUUGUGCGUGUGGGGGUGGAGUCCACCCUGGAGCGCAGCCAGAUCACCCGGGACCACAUGGGCCAGCUGCUGUCCCAGCUGCUCAAGCAGGGCCUGCUGCCCAAGGCCCAGCUCCUGCAGGGGUUCGCAGACACCCUGGAGAUGGCUGACGACAUGGCCAUAGACAUUCCCCACAUCUGGCUGUACCUGGCAGAGCUGCUCAGCCCCUUGCUGAGGGACGGGGGCUUCUCUAUGAGAGAGCUCUUAAGUGAAUUAAGCAAACCUUUGCUUCCUGUGGGAAGAGCUGGGAUCCUAUUUUCUGAAAUACUGCACAUACUAUGCAAACAAAUGAGCCAUAGGAAGGUGGGCGGGCUGUGGAGGGAGGCUGGCCUCAGCUGGAGCCACUUCCUGCCUGAGGACGAGGACGUCCAGACCUUCAUCUCAGAGCAGAAGCUCCAGUUCACUGUGUCGGAGGGCUCGGCCUCAGAGGCAGGCCAGAGUAAGAGGCCCCUGGGCCCUGAGGAGCUGAGGGGUCAGCUGGAGAGACUGCUGCUGGAGGACAUGGCCAGUGACGAGCAGAUCUUCGACUGGGUAGAGGCUAAUCUGGAUGAUUCUCAGAUGAGUUCGUCUCCAUUCCUGAGGGCUCUCAUGACGGCUGUGUGUAAAGCAGCGGUCAAAGAUGACAGCCCGUCCUGUCGAGUGGACACAGUCAUCAUUCGUCGGAGACUGCCUGUGUUACUCAAGUACCUUAACUCAGACACUGAGAGACAGCUGCAAGCACUUUAUGCACUUCAAGCUCUGAUCGUCACCCUGGAUCAGCCCCCCAACCUCCUCCGGAUGUUCUUCGACUGUCUGUAUGACGAGGACGUGAUCUCAGAGGACGCGUUCUACAAGUGGGAGUCGAGCAAGGACCCGGCAGAACAGCUGGGCAAGGGCGUGGCUCUCAAGUCUGUCACCGCCUUCUUCACCUGGCUGAGGGAGGCGGAGGAGGAGUCGGAGGACAACUGACAAGGGAGCAGGCAGCCAAUGGGAACCCAGGACACGAGGCCAGCUGUCGCUACGUAGAAUAACCUGCACCCUCUUCCUCACAGCAGAACAAACGGCCGUUUCAAAAUGUGCGCGGCGGGCAGAACGGCUUGGUUACGGCUGGAAUUUUUUCUCGCGGUACAGUUCUGAGAAAUGCCGCCAUUUUGAGUUUUAAUUCCAAUGGCGGAAGCACUAAAUACAUGUAUUAUACAUAGAAAAUAUUUUUGUUUUAAAUUUUAACUUACUUUUCUUUUGUUACUUUUUAAGAAGAGACUUAAAGAUACAUAGGUUCCGGACUCUUUAAUUUAUUAUUUUUUUAAGAACUGCAAAUACGGAAGUUUAUUUAACAUUUGCAGAGGCUCACAGUGAGGAGAACAUUGAUGGCGAUAGAAAUAACAAUAUUAUUAAUUAUAAUAACAAUAAUAAUAAUAAUAAUUGUGAAAUAAAUAGCCUCCCUUGAUUCCAAGAUGUUUGGUUGAAAACAGGGUAAAACAAAGUGAUUUUGGAAUGAAGGGGAAGGCAAAGAGACCAGUGGACGAUGCACACGGACAACAGGCGUCACUUGAUGAUGUCGGAGGUCAAAGGUUAUUAUUGAGUAACCCCAGGAAGUGAUCCCUCUAAACAGGAAGUCAUUCCUCUGCUUUGGCUUGCUCUACGUGAUAUGUACAUACGCCUCAGGAGAAAGAGAGAGAGGCAGAGGUAUGUAUUCAAGAAGCAAUGUACAUCAGUCCACUAAAGAACUCUAAAUGAACAUGAAUAAACCACAAAUGACGACGAACAAUAGAUACAUUCACAUGGAAAUGAGCAAAAUGCAAGUUAAAAAAAGCAAAAUGCCAGGGUUGCUGAACAUGAAGUGCUUGUAAUACUUCAAACCUACAGAGCAAAUUAAAAGCUUGUAAAUACAUUAAAGACAAAAAAGGUAUUUAAAAAAAACACAGAAUGCAGUGGUUGUUAUUUUAAGAGGGCUGGGGUUUUUUAUAUGAUGCCAGAUGAAACUUUUAAUCUUUUGUUUUCAUAUUUGUAGCUUUGUGCCAAACUAAGAAAGAACACGGUUCAACCUCGGGUGCAUUUGUGGAGUAGCGUGUCGGUUGGCAUGUGGUUUUAGCGGAGCUGAGAUGUAAAAGCAGUGUGGGAACCCCUUUACCUUGGCUGGUUGGAAUAGCUCGUCCAGAGUAUAAGAUCAGAAGGAGUCAGGCUUUACAGGGCUCAUCUAGAAUGACAAAGGAGCAGAGGAUUUCACAUGGGGAGGUUUAAUACCGAGCUCUGUUAUCUCUGAAGACUGUUCACAUUGCUUUGGAUAACAGCAUUUCCUUACUGAGCAACAUGUUUCAAAUGGAACAGGAGUCUGUUCAGGAGCCGAGGAGAGUGCGGAGGGAGGAGCUUUGUUUAGGACUACCUCUAAAAUGAUCUCCUAAGAUUCUAUCUUCCUACUCACUUUAGGAUUGAAAAUACAGGAGUGAUGAAACCCUUUUUUGCUCUGUUUGACAUCCCAUCAUUUCAGAUCUGUAUGUUCGCAAGGGGUGUUUCCAAGCGUUUGAAUUGAGGGCAUGAAUGAAUUGCAGACACUUGUGUGGAGCAGCCUUGAUGGAACCCUAUCAUCAACAAUAACAACCAUUCCCAUCCAGUAGUGCUUACAGUAACCUGGACUGUGUUUUUAUUACUUGUUAAGAGGUGUAUAUUGU